AUGAAGCAGCUCAUGAGCUGCCCCUGGAAAGUAAACAUAACUCAAAAAGAGCGCUACAGGGUUGAGCUGUACUACAGUUGUAAUGCCACUGAGGAUCUGAUUCUGACACAGCAAAACAUAGCCCUGGGUCAGAAGAUUACUUAUGAUGGAGAAAUAAGAGUGAAAGUGGUGGACGACGCACUGCUGAAAAUGCUCCCUGAGACAACCCCCUGGAGGACUGGAGGUCAUCUUGGGCGCUGUGCAGUCGUUGGGAACGGUGGGAUUCUGAGGAACAGCAGUUGUGGUUCACAGAUUAACAAAGCUGAUUUUGUUAUAAGGUUGAACCUAGCUCCCAUCACAUUAAGCCAAGAUGUAGGAGUUAAGACAAGCUUGAUUACUGCUAACCCCAGUCAGAUCGAACGCAACUACCCAAACAUGAAGAAGCAUCGGCGUCGUCUGGCACGUGAUCUGUCUCUCUACGGAGGUGCCCCCCUUCUCAUGCCUGCUUUUGCCUAUAGACUCUGCACGGGAAUCUCCUUCAGAGUUCACCAAGCCCUCCGCUUCCUCAACCCUCAGCAGAAGGUAGUUUUCUUCAACCCUAACUACUUGCGGGAUCUGCACCAUUACUGGCGGCGGAGGGGCCAGCGGGCAUUCCGACUCUCCACAGGGUUAAUGCUGGCGAGUGUAGCCCUGGAGCUGUGUGACGAGGUGCACCUUUAUGGGUUCUGGCCCUUUAACUUUGACCUUUCCCUGAAGCAAUUGUCCCAUCACUACUAUGACAAUGUUGGACCGCGUCGUAGGGCACAUUCUAUGCCCCAGGAGUUCCUCCAGCUGCUGAAAAUGCACGUUAAGGGGGCAAUAAACCUCCAUGUUGGGAAAUGCCAGUGA